ACUGUGAAAAGCCAGUGGAUAAGAGAAAAUGGUAGGCACUGGAAUUAGGUGUGGUGUUUUGGGCUUCAAUUACUAUGUUCCUAUGAAAAAAAUUGGAAGAAGGUCUGGAACCACGCUGGCUAAAAGGAAGGAUUUUGACGAGAAUGAUAAGCUCCAACUGCGACCCUUUUCCCCUCUGAAGAUUUCAAAGUCAAAUAUUGCUCGCGCUGCCAUUGGAGUGUUUGGAUUGGGGUUCAUUGAUGCCGGGUACAGCGGUGAUUGGUCGAGGAUCGGAGUAAUAACAUCAGAGAGUGAGGAAUUGCUUAAGGUUGCAGCUUUUCUUGUUGUUCCCUUGUGUAUUUUUCUUGUUUUUUUCCUGCCAACAGACACAGAUUCUUAAAUUUUUUAACAAAUGAAGUGUGAAUUUGGUUGAAAAUCUUGUAAACAUAGAAUCAAUGGGCUGCUAUUGUUCAUCU